AUAGAGAUUACUAUGCUGCUACAGUUGUUGAAAAACACAACACAUUAAUAGGCUAGCCUACCUACACCUACAUGUAUAUAUAUAUAGCCAUACAGACCCCUUCAUUUUACUCUCUCUCUCAAAUCUAAGUCAGAAAUUUUACUCUCUCUCUUUUUCUUCUUCAUCAAUGGCGGGUAAUAAUUCCGGGUUCGGGGAGGACCCGCUAGCUCCCGGGUGCUACUCUCAGCUUCUAUUCGGCGAUGAGAUUUCGGGUCUCGAUUCGGAUGCUUGCUUCGGCUUUGAUGAUAAUCCGAAAAUGCUCUGUUUUGGUGAUUAUGGAAAUGCCAACAAAAUGGAGGACAAACCCGGAUUCACAUGCAUCGAUCCUUCACCCAAAAAUAACAAUAAGAAGAGAAACGGGUCGGGCACUCGGGGUGCGGGGCAAUGUGGCGGAGUCCCGGCUAGUAAUGGCAAGAAGGCCAAAUCGGAGAAAUCUGCCGGCGCCGGCGGCCAUGCAAAGGUGGUUAAGAAAGAGAAGCUUGGUGAGAGAAUAACGGCGUUGCAGCAGCUCGUGUCUCCGUUUGGAAAGACGGAUACAGCAUCAGUGCUUCACGAAGCGUUGGGUUACAUAAGAUUUUUGCACGAUCAGGUGCAGGUCCUCUGUUCUCCGUAUCUGCAGCACAUGUCACCCUCCUCCUCGGACGCCCCCCAUAGUUCUCUAUCUGUCGGGGAUGAAAUAGAUUGCAAGAGUAGUAAGGAUGAUCUGAGAAGCAGGGGACUGUGCCUUGUCCCGGUUGAUCUGACCUUGCACGUGGCCGACUCCAAUGGAGCCGAUCUCUGGUCGUCUGCACGCAUGGUCAACACUGUUUCAUCAAACUAGGCUUCUGUGUUCACAAAUAUGUAGUUUGUGAAGAAAAGUUUCAGGGUAAAGAAAAAGAAAACAAGUACUACCUACUAGUAAAUAUUCGAUGUAAAGAUAAAUUUUUGUUUGGAGGUUGGGAAUUUUCAUGUUUUUUUUGGGCCCCAAUUUUUGUUUAAUAGCCGAGGCAGGGGGAGCAACAUAAUGUGAAUGGUGCUCUGGUGAUAUUCAGGCACUUUUUAAAAUGAAUUCAGGAAUUUAGUUUGUUGGUCUA